GUUCACUCGAUCAGGUGUGGCCUUCGCAGUCUUCCAAACUCAUGACCUUGGAGGAUAAAUGCAAUUUCUUUGCGAGUCAUAUUUGCAAUACGUUAGGAUCCAUGUUUGAAAAUCAUCGUCUGAUCCAUGUUGGUCACAGAAUAGUGAAUAAACUAGUAGAUUUCAUACGUUAUGGACCAGAGUAUAUGCAAGUUGUUUGUGAUUUUGAUCACACAUUGUCCAAAUACAUUCACAAUUCUGAGAAGGUUCCUGUUUGUCAUGAAUUGUUCAUGAAAAAUCCCAGGAUUCCUGAGAUAUCUAGAUUACGGCUCAAGGAACUCCUGAACUUGUAUGUGCCGCUUGAAACGUCUUGCGACAUAUAUGAGUGCGAGAAGUUGUCACUCAUGAUGGAAUUUUGGAAAUUGGCCCAUAAAGCAUUGGUUGAUGGGAAUGUAUCUCGAAAUGAUAUUGAGGGUUGUGUUUUGGAAGGCGGAAUAGUUCUAAGGAAUAAUGCAACUGAUUUUGUAAAUAAGUUGGCUCAGCUCAGCAUACCACUAGUUAUAUUCUCUGGAGGCAUAGGAAAUGUUAUCGAAACAGUUCUGACAUCGUCAGGUGUAUCCUUAGAAAAUGUCCGUGUUGUUUCAAAUUUUAUGGACUUCAAUCCUGAAGGUCGUUUAGUUGGAUUUCAAGAUCCUGUUAUUCAUUCUCUUAAUAAAGUGUAUAAUGUAAUACAAAAUUCUGAAUAUUUUGAAACCGUUCUGUCGAAAAGAAUUUGUAUUCUACUUGUUGGUGAUUCAACUAGUGAUGCAAAGAUGAUUGAUGAUAUGGAAAAAUUUUCUUAUGAACAAGUUAUAGUUAUUCGUAUAGGAUUUUUAAAUGAAAAAGUAAGUAUUCUUUUUAGGCUCAUUUUUUAAAUAAAAUAUCCUUUUACAAAUGGGUUUUAUUCUUUUGUAAAUUUCUUGUAAAUGUGGAUUUCAGCUAUUGAUAUUAAAACUGUCAGUCUCUAUAUUUUGAGAGAAGUAGUCAAAAAAUGUUUGACUUAAUUUUGUUAAGUCGGCUUCCGGAGAACUUCAACGGAGCCUCCAGAGGCCCAAAAAGGAGCCGAAGAGCCCUAGCCAAUCAGGGUAUAAUGGAAAAUUCUAGAGUUCCAACGUGGCGUUCUACUAUUGGUCGGUAGCAUAAAAUGUCGUUAACUGAUUGGCCGAAAUAUGAUGUUGAUUUAACAAACACUAACAUCUGUAAAUACCCAUGAUUUUCUGUACAAAGACGAACCCUGGAGUAAAGUGUUUCUCUCAUACUUGCGUCUUCUCUCUGGUGUUCAAGUCGCUUAGUAGUUCUAGCCUGUGGGUUGCCAGAAUAGCUUAGGACACGAAUAUAGCGUUCAAUCGACGAGACAUAUCAAAUUUCAGUUUUCAGCCAAUCUGGUGUUCAGUGAAACAUGAAUCGAGACUUGUUACUUUCAGAAUGAUGAAAAAGUGGAAUUAUUCAGUUCAUUAUACGAUCUGGUUCUUUUAAAUGACGAAACAUUUGAUAUUCCUUUGUUUAUUUUAUCAUCUAUCGUUAAUUCUAAUGAACUAUGUAAACAUGAGAGCAGCAAUAAGAUCUCAAAUAUCUGAUAGUAAUACUUUUAAAGUGAUGUUUUUUUUGACAAAAAUUGUAUUCUAAUGAUUUAAAUAAAAAAAUAAUUUAAUUUCACCUAA